CUACUACUUGUACUACACUUCCGUGUCCAUUUACCAUCCACUUGGCUCUUUCCCUUUCUUUACUCCAAUUUUUCUCUUUUCCUUUCCAUCUUCCUAGAAAAAACCCCACUUCUCCAGUUCCCUAAAUAGCCCAAAACCAAGCACAAAAAAAAAGGAAAAAAAAAGCAAGCAAUGGAUAAAAUGAUUAGUGUACAUUCAAAAAAGGCAAAGAAACAUCCCAAAAACACCAAGAAAAAACCAGUUAAAGUUGUUUAUAUUUCAAAUCCAAUGAAGGUCAACACAAGUGCUGAAGAAUUCAGAUCUUUAGUCCAACAACUCACUGGCCAACACGCGAACUACCCGAUAACAGAAACUGUCGGUAGUACUGAAAGAGAGAAAAAAGAAUUUUAUUAUUCAGAGUCGCCACCAUCUGGCGAUGAUCAACAAGUUGUUGAAGGAGAUAGUACUACUCAUCAACUAGUAGUGAAUAAUACUCAUCAUGAAGCAACGAUGACCGAUAAUUCAGAUCUAUCGUUUGAAGAUUAUGUCGGAGAAGAUUAUGUUCCAGAGUUGUUGGAGAAUUUGCCUACAUAUAUGUGUUGUUGUUUAACAUAAUGAAUGGAGUAGUAUCUCAUUGUUUCUUUUUCAUUCUCAUCCUGUUCUUGCCAAAAUUAGGGGAGCUUUGAUGUAAUUGCUGAAGUUAUUGUCAUAUGAUUAAGAAGUAACGGAUUCGAGCCGUGAAAACAAUAUCUUGAAUAAAUGUAGGGUAAGACUACGUGUAAUAGACCCUUAUAUAUUGUUCGACUUUUUUCCGAAUCCUGCACAUAGAGGAAGCUUAAUGCAUUGGGCUAAAGUUGUUGUAAUUGCUAAAGUUGUUGUCAUAUGAUUAAAAAGUAACGAGUUCGAGCUGUGAAAAUAA